GUGUGAAGUUGUUGCGAUCUAGCUACAAUAGCCAUGGACAGGAGGAACUCUGGGCUUUGAGAGGAGCCUGAGAAGAACUCUGCGUACUUUGGAGAACAACUUGGAUUUUACUUUUAUUCUCUCGUAUUAAUAUUGUCAUUAUUAUCGAAUUUCCCAGAUUUAGUUCAAAAAUAAAAUAGUACUGAGAAAGCAUCCUCACAAAAGGCAAACCAUACCGUUUGAGAAGAUAAUAAUGGGGAGCAGGGGGCACUACCGGUACCACUGGCAGAGCCACAAUGUCAAGCAGAGUGGGGUGGACGACAUGGUCCUGCUCACCAAGAUCAACGAGGACGCCAUUGUGGAGAACCUCAAGAAGAGAUACAUGGACGACUACAUUUUUACAUACAUUGGGCCUGUACUCAUCUCUGUCAACCCCUUCAAGCAGAUGCCAUACUUCGGGGACAAGGAGGUGGAGAUGUACCAGGGGGCGGCCCAGUAUGAGAACCCCCCUCACAUUUACGCCUUGGCCGACAACAUGUACAGAAACAUGAUGAUUGACCGGGAGAACCAGUGUGUCAUUAUCAGUGGAGAGAGUGGCGCUGGGAAGACCGUGGCAGCGAAGUACAUCAUGAGCUACAUCUCCAGAGUGUCUGGUGGAGGGCCCAGAGUCCAGCACGUCAAAGACAUCAUCCUCCAGUCAAACCCCCUGCUGGAGGCCUUUGGGAAUGCCAAGACCCUCAGGAACAACAACUCCAGCAGAUUUGGGAAAUACUUCGAGAUCCAGUUCAGCUCAGGCGGAGAGCCAGACGGCGGGAAAAUCUCCAACUUCCUGUUGGAAAAGUCACGGGUCGUCAUGAGAAACCCCGGGGAGAGGAGCUUCCACAUAUUCUAUCAGCUCAUAGAAGGAGCCAGCGGUGAUCAGAAGAGCCAUCUUGGCAUCACAGAUUUAGAUUACUACAGUUACCUCAAUCAGUCAGGGUCCUACAAAGUGGAUGACAUCAACGACAGGAGUGAUUUUCAGGAGACAAUGCAUGCCAUGGGUGUGAUCGGGAUCAAGCCGGAGGACCGCGCCCUGGUCCUGCAGAUCGUGGCAGGGGUGCUGCACCUGGGCAACAUCAGCUUCAAAGAGGCGGGGAACUACGCCGCGGUGGAGAGCGAGGAGUUCCUGGCAUUCCCUGCUUACCUGCUGGGCAUCGAUCAGCAGCGCCUGAAGGAGAAGCUCACCAGCCGCACGAUGGACAGCAAGUGGGGCGGAAAGUCAGAGUCCAUCGACGUGACGCUGAACGUGGAGCAGGCCUGCUACACCCGUGACGCCCUCUCCAAGGCCCUGCAUGCCCGAGUCUUUGACUUCCUGGUGGAGUCUAUCAACAAGGCCAUGGUGAAGGACCACCAAGAGUUAAAUAUAGGGGUAUUGGAUAUUUAUGGUUUUGAAAUUUUCCAGAAAAAUGGGUUUGAACAGUUCUGCAUCAACUUUGUGAAUGAAAAACUCCAGCAGAUCUUUAUAGAACUCACACUGAAAGCUGAGCAGGAGGAGUAUGUACAAGAAGGCAUCCGAUGGACCCCCAUAGAGUACUUCAACAAUAAGAUCGUGUGUGACCUCAUUGAGAGCAAGAAUCCUCCAGGUAUCAUGAGUAUCCUGGAUGAUGUGUGCGCCACCAUGCAUGCAGUGGGCGAGGGUGCAGACCAGACCAUGCUGCAGAAGCUGCGAAUGCAGAUCAACUCCCACGAGCACUUCAACAGCUGGAAUCAGGGCUUCAUCAUUCACCACUACGCCGGCAAGGUGUCCUACGACGCGGAGGGCUUCUGUGAGAGGAACCGGGACGUUCUGUUCACAGACCUCAUCGAGCUGAUGCAGAGCAGUGACAUAUCUUUCAUCCGGGCCAUGUUCCCUGAGAGCCUCAACGCGGACAAGAAAGGCAGACCCACUACGGCAGGCAGCAAGAUCAAGAAACAGGCCAAUGACCUGGUGGGCACCCUGAUGAAGUGCACCCCACACUACAUCCGCUGCAUCAAGCCCAACGAGACCAAGAAGCCCAAGGACUGGGAGGAGUCGAGGGUCAAACACCAGGUGGAGUACCUGGGCCUAAAGGAGAACAUCCGUGUGCGACGUGCUGGGUACGCCUACAGGAGGGUCUUCCGGAAGUUCCUCAACAGGUACGCCAUCUUGACCAAGGAGACCUGGCCGACGUGGCGCGGGGACGAGAGGCAGGGCGUUCUCCACCUCCUGCGCUCCGUCAACAUCGACCAGGACCAGUUCCAGCUGGGGCGCACCAAGGUCUUCAUCAAAGCCCCCGAAUCGCUCUUCCUGCUGGAGGAGACCAGGGAGCGCAAGUUUGACGGCUACGCCAGGGCCAUACAGAAAGCCUGGCGCAAGUACGUGGCCCGCAAGAAGUACGUCCAGAUGAGGGAGGAAGCCUCCGACCUCCUGCUGAACCGGAAGGAGCGGCGGAGGCACAGCCUCAACAGGAACUUCGUGGGGGACUACCUGGGCAUGGACGACCGUCCCGAGCUGCGCAAGUUCCUGGGCAAGAGAGAGAAGAUCGACUUCGCCGACAAAGUCACCAAAUACGACCGCCGCUUCAAGGGCAUUAAGAGAGACCUGAUCCUGACCCCGAGGUGUGUGUACCUGAUUGGUCGGGAGAAGGUGAAGCAGGGCCCGGAGAGAGGUCAGGUGACCGAGGUACUGAAGCGCAGGAUCGAGGUGGAGAAGAUCCUGGGCGUUUCUCUCAGCCCCAUGCAGGACGACUUCCUGAUCCUUCACGAGCAGGAGUACGACAGUCUCCUGGAGUGCACCUUCAAGACCGAGUUCGUCAGUCUUCUGGCUCGCAGGUUCGAGGAGAAGACGCAGAGGAAACUGCCUCUGAAGUUUUGCACCACACUGGAUGUGAAGCUGAAGAAGGAGAGCUGGGGGCCCUGGAGCGCCGGGGGCUCCCGCCAGGUGACGUUCAUUCAGGGCCAGGGUGACCAGGCUGUGCUGCGGCCGUCCAAUAAGAUGCUGCAGGUCAGCAUUGGGCCAGGACUGCCGAAGAACACACGCCCCACCAAGAGGAGCUUCACUCAGAGCCGGUCCAGUGUGCUCAGAAGCCACCAGAGCUACCCAACCAGAGCUGCUCCUGGACCCCCAGUAGGCCAGCAAAAUGGGGUACUGAAAAAUACCGGUUAUUUGGCCAACCAGAGGAAUGCCUUCUCACACCAGCAGUCCAAUCACAGGCCUCUGUCUGGUAGUAUGACCCACCCCUUCCUGCCGUCGGUUGCCAAUGUCAACCCACUGAAGGGCAGAAACAGCAGAGCACAGCCCAACUUGGACUGCCUCAGAGUGCCGGAGCAGGGAGCAGCGGGUAACAGAGACGGACACCCCAAAGCACAUGGAGGAACAGCCCGCAGACAGACGGUCAGCCGGCCCACACCAGGAGGUGGCCGCCCCAAACCCGCCCCAAAGCCCAAGCCCCAGGUGCCGCAGUGCAGGGCCUUGUAUGCUUACGAUGCCCAGGACACCGAUGAGCUCAGCUUCAACGCAGACGACAUCAUUGACAUCAUCAAGGAAGACGCCUCAGGGUGGUGGACAGGAAGACUGCGUGGGAAGCAGGGCCUGUUCCCCAACAACUACGUCACCAAGGUGUAGAUCCACAGAAGAGGGACAUCAGGGCCUCCUGCAGGAAGAGGCAGAGAGAGGGAG